GAACCGCUGACCUGCUGAACACAGUCAGCUAAAGUGGCCUGCAGUAGUUCACUUAGUGACUGUUUGAGGUUACACAAAAGGGACUUAGGACCGUUUGUCACCCUUAGCAACUCUUGCAGCUUCUCUGUAGCCAGGCGAUUGACGUUCAGACACUUGGCAACUGACUCAUAUUUACGACAGUUGCAGUGCCCCGAGGUCACGGGAUCCUCUCUUGCGACUAUCUGAAAAGCAAAGCCAACGGGGAACCCACUUAACAACCCUGUUAUUAACAACCGCAGUGAUUCCCUGCGGCAGGAAAGAUCGUACAAUGGGGCAAAACGUAUUUAACGGCUGUCUCGCUUAACAACAGAAAUGUUGGACUCACUUGCGCUCGUAUGUCGAGGACCGCCUGUACUGUACUCUAGUGUCCUGGUCAGCUAUCCCUAAUCCCGUACCCUGCGCAAGUGUCGGGGGUCGAUGAUGGGAGACGUAGUCCUAAAGUGCCGGACAGGAAAGUGCCCCUGUGGGGGCUCUCUUCCCGCCCGCUUGCGAACCACAAAGCGGCAGACAUUUGUAUUGUUGUAGCUGAGAGAUGUCGGUCGCGCAAGUCCUCUAGACGCGCUGUGAAAAGUGGAACUCUGUACCCAGUUUGUUUGCCUUGUGCGAGGCUGAGCAAGCAGGGAUUCUUGUGUACAUACGCACACCCUGGCCACUUCGGUUUUUUUCGGUGCACAGGUAUGGCGCCUGAAACGUUUUCUCUGGGCUGGCAGGCGGGCCGAGGCUGCCCCGGGAAUUUCUUUGGAUCCAGCAGGGAAACGGUUACAGAUCCGAUGACGUGAGCACAGGCUGCUGCCGCGGCACCGACAGGAGCUGGCACGAUCCUGGCGUUCUUUGCUGGCAUGGCCAAGUUCUUUUCUUUUUUUUCCUCUUUCCUUACAAUUGUUUAACGGUUGCUUUGGCAAUGCUUCCGCCGUUCCCUGCUUGGCACCUGGAUGGGCAGGGAAGGGAGGGCUGGCGUGGAGAAGACAGGGUUUGUGCGACACAAAAGAUGCCGGGUUCUUGUUCCGUGGCUGCUCCUUCGGGACACACCAGAGAAGGACAAUAGCCGGGCUUUGCCCUCAGCCCGCUUGAAUGCGUGGGAUGGAGCAAGAGGGACUCUUCCACAGUUGUGCCGUUACGAGGUGAAGGCCCAUGUACACCGUGUACGGGGAACCGCCGUAAAUGACCUUUUGGUGCAUUAUAUGUGGUUGUGACCUCCGGAGGCUUUAGACCAGAGGAGGUCUAAAUUAUCAGCGGCUGGGGGGGCGCCCGUCGCCUGGAUCUGGGGGGGUGGAGGGUGGGGAACGAAGACGCGUCCACUCCGGGAGAAAGACUGGAUGCAUCGCACAUUGGAACAGCUUGGGGUCCGUGCUGGACGGGACCCUUUUUCCAUCGGCAACGUGGGCUGCAGUGGAGCCUGGACCUCGUGCCAUUCUCGCCCAUGGCUCCCGGGGGGCAGGUGCUCCGCCAGUGCCGUCCAGCCGCCUCUGCCCCUGCCGUUGACGCCCAGCCAUGGUGCUAAUCUGGGGCAGUACAGCAAAGGCUACUAUGCCCCCGGGAACUUGCCCCCACGCCCCCUGCAUGGGAAGCUGGAGGCCAUCCACGGCUGCGUCCAGGCUCUGCUGCGGGACCAGGGCCAGCCUCACCUCUGGGAGCAGCUGGGCGCCAUCUACGAGUCGGAGCAGGACUGCGAGGAAGCCAUCCGGUGCUACCAAAACGCCACCCGGUACCAGCGCGACUAUGGGAGCUACGGGGAAAUGCACGCCCGGAUCGGGAGGCUGCAGCAGGCUCAGCUGUGGAAUUUCCAUUCGGGGGGCUCAUCUCAUCACCGGCACAAAGUUUUACCCCCCUUACAGCAAGUCUGGAACCUUUUACAUCUUGAGAAAAGGAAUUUUUCGGCCAAGCGGAACCCCCAGCUCAAGCGGCCCGGCCCCCCCAUGGAGCCCCCGGUGGUCCAGCCCAUCCCGCCGGUCCAGCACCCGGCCCACCCGGGCCACAGCGAAGAGAUGCCGGCGCCCAUGAAGAGGCGGAGGAGCACCAGUCCCGACCAGACCGGUGCUAACGGGGUGGGCCAGCAUUUGUCCGGUCCCGGAGCCCCCGGCAAUCCCCACUACCAGCUGCCUAAGCCUGGACUAUGGAACCCCCUGCAUGGAGACCUCUGGGGCCAGGAGCGCAAGAACGUGGCCGCCCCAGACAGACAAGAGCAGAGGAACUCGGUGGCUCACUCCGCUUUCCCCUACCCGUCGCCCGCCUACAGCUCCCACCCGCCCCCCCACCGCCUGCCCGCCAUGGCGCCCACUCCCCGCACACCGCCAGCACACCGCGCCCCGCUCGAGCCCCACGGCUGCUCCACCCGGCCCAACGGAAGUGACCUUAGAGACGGCCGAGUCCCCCGGGUGCGUCCAGACUCCACCACCACACCAGCAACCUCCGCCUGCGUGCCUUAUGCCCCGCGCCCGACCCCGGGAGGACCCACCACCACCACCACCAGCAAGACCACCUCACGGGGGCCGCUGACCUCGGAAAGCCUUGGUUCUUCUAAUCAUUACCAAACGCCGCCGGCAAUGGAGUCGCCCGUCGUCACAUCGGAGAACGCUGGGCGCAAACCGGCCCCUCCCUCCCGGCCGGCCCCUUGCCUUGCCCCCCGCAACCUGCCCUGCGCACGCAUGCAGCCCCCACCCCCCAACCGGCCCCUGCCCCCGCCGGGCCCCGCCCCACCAGCCCCUCCCUCGGCUCCCCAGUGCCCCCCAGCUCCCCCUCCUCCCCCUCCUCCUCCCCCUCCCCCCCCUCCGCUGCCCUGGCUGGGCAAAGCGGGUGAGGGGGGCAAGGCCGAGGAGGAAGACCCCCUGGGAGACCUCCUCUUUGGGUGCGGCGCCGACCCCCCCUCCUUGGCCAAUUGCGACUCGGGGUGCGGCUUCCAGGAUCCGGGCGCCAGCGGUCAGCAAGGCAGCUUCUCUCACCCCCGGGAAGGGGCCGGGGAGACCCCCAGCCCAGCCAGCCCCGAGCCCUCGCCGGCCCCCCCAUUCUGGCUUCCCGAGAGCAGCCGGGAAGAGAGCGGCACCGCGGGGGGGUCCAGGCCCCUGAAUCCGAGCCCCCCGAUUACCUCAGGAACGUUCAGGCCCCCAGAGAGCCCCCCAGCGCUGCCGGUGCCGCCCCCGCCGCCACCCCCACCGCCGCCCCCGCCGCCGCCCCCUCCUCCCCCCUCCCGGGCCUCCUAUCCAAAGACGCUGGACCCGCCCGUGGUGCCCCCCGCCCCGGAGGCCUCCCCUGACCGCCUCUUCGGCUUCGCCAGCCCCCCGUUAGAGGACCAGUUUGAGGAGCCCCCCGAAUUCUCCAAGAUUUUGCCGGACGGGCUGGCCAACAUCAUGAAGAUGCUGGACGAGUCCAUCCGGCGCGGGGAAGAAGAACGGGAGGAGAGCUUCCCUCCCCCGCCGCCCCCCGCCCCUCUGCUGCCUAGCCCCCCACCCCUGGCCAGGCCCAAGCUGCCCUCGGCCUCGGCCGGCGCCUUCGAUUACCCCAAGCCGCCCGGGCAGGACCCCCCCGAGCCUCCUUGCCUCUACCGCUUCGGCAAGCGGGACACGGAAGAGCAGCGCCCCCCGGGCAUGGCAGCCGCAGGGGGGUCCAGCGGGGGGCCCAAGUUCACCCCCCGCAGCACCCCGUCACUCUUGAAGUCUUUGGCCAAUGUGCUGGAGGGGCAGAAACACUCCUAUCGGCUGAAACCGAUGACGCCCCCAGGUGCUAAGAUCUCCCCCCCAGCCGGUGCGAGCCAGAGCCCCCUGCCCCAACUCACUACCUCAGGCCAAGCGUGGGCCGGGGGCCCUGGUGGCGCCACAGAGGAGCGGGCCUCCCCGCCCCCGCCCCUGCCCACCCCUCGGCCCGUCAAGACCGAGUCGGAGGUCUUGGAGGAGAUCAGCCGCGCCUGCGAGACCCUGGUGGGACGAGCAGGGCGGGAGAAGAGCCCCCCGCCCCCUGCCAGUCCCCCACCCGCCCCGGCCUCCCCUCCACCCCCUCCUCUUCCAGCCCCCGUGCCCCCGGCGCCCCCACCACUCACCCCUCCCCGCCCCAAGGACGAGUCCCGCAAGCAGCAUUUGGAGCACCGUCGGCACCGUCGCUCCAACCGGGAUGGCUCGCGCAGACACCGGGACGGUAAAGCUCGCAAGGGGAAGAACCGGCAGAUCCUGGGCAGUUUGGACGUGCAGAGCGCCGAGGGGCAGGCCCGGGAGAACGGGGCCAAGCCGCCCCCGCCACCUCCGCCACCUCCCCCGGAGCGGAGGUCUCCCGUCAAGACAGAAGAGGCUCCGGUGGGCUCGGUGUCCACCAUGGUGUGCUCGGCCGACCUGCUCAAGCUGCGGUCCUUCACAGAGGGUCCCCCCAAGGAGCUGAAGAUCCGGCUGAUCAAGGUGGAGAGUGGGGACAAGGAGACCUUCAUCGCCUCCGAAGUCGAGGAACGGCGCAUCCCCCUGAGCGAGCUGACCAUCAACCACUCGGCCGCUGAGGUCGUGCGAGCCAGCAAGCACGCCAAGGUGAAAGGAAAAUUUAAGGAGUCCUACCUGUCCCAAAGCCAGUCGGUCAAACCUCAGAUCAACGUGGACGAAAAACUCCCCCGGGAUAAGCUCAGCCCCCCAACGCCGAGCAUCUACUUGGAGAGCAAACGGGACGCGUUCUCCCCUGUGUUGCUCCAAUUCUGCACGGAUCCCAAGAACCCCAUCACCGUCAUCCGGGGUCUGGCUGGAUCUCUUCGACUCAAUUUGGGGCUGUUCAGCACGAAGACUCUGGUGGAGGCGAGCGGCGAGCACGCCGUGGAGGUCCGCACGCAAGUCCAGCAGCCGUCGGACGAGAACUGGGACCUCUCGGGCACCAAGCAGGUCUGGCCGUGCGAGAGCAGCCGGUCGCACACCACAAUCGCCAAGUACGCCCAGUACCAAGCGGCCUCGUUCCAAGAGUCGCUUCAGGAGGACAAAGAGACCGACGACGAGGAGGCCGAGGAACCGGACAGCACCACAGAAACGCCGCCCAGCAACCCGGAUCAAAAGCCCCACCAAAUAAUCAAGUUUGGAACCAACAUUGACCUCUCGGACGCCAAGCGGUGGAAACCGCAGCUUCAGGAGUUGCUGAAACUGCCCGCCUUCAUGCGUGUCACGUCGACGGGGAACAUGUUGAGUCACGUGGGCCACACCAUCCUGGGCAUGAACACGGUGCAACUCUACAUGAAGGUCCCCGGCAGCCGUACCCCAGGUCACCAGGAGAACAAUAACUUCUGCUCCGUGAACAUCAACAUUGGACCCGGGGACUGCGAGUGGUUUGCCGUCCACGAACAUUACUGGCAGAACAUCAGCGCCUUCUGUGACAGGCACGGGGUAGAUUAUCUGACCGGGUCCUGGUGGCCUAUCUUAGAAGACCUCUACCAAUCCAACAUCCCCGUCUACCGCUUCAUCCAGCGUCCGGGAGACCUGGUGUGGAUCAACGCCGGGACCGUACACUGGGUCCAGGCCACGGGAUGGUGCAAUAACAUCGCUUGGAACGUCGGUCCCCUGACAGCGUACCAGUACCAGCUGGCGCUCGAGCGCUACGAGUGGAAUGAGGUGAAGAACGUCAAGUCCAUCGUGCCCAUGAUCCACGUCUCCUGGAACGUCGCCCGCACGGUGAAGAUCAGCGACUCCGACUUGUACAAGAUGAUCAAAUACUGCCUGAUGCAGUCCAUCAAGCACGGCCAGGUCCAGCGGGAAAGCCUCGUCCGAUCCGGGAAGAAGAUCGCCUACCAGGGGCGGGUGAAGGAUGAGCCGGCCUACUACUGCAACGAAUGCGACGUGGAGGUGUUCAACAUCCUCUUCGUGACGAGCGAGAACGGCAGCAAGAACAGCUACCUGGUGCACUGCGAGGCCUGUGCCCGGAAACGGAAUUCCUCUCUGCACGGAGUCGUGGUGCUGGAACAGUACAAGACGGAAGAAUUGAUCAGCAUCUACGACAGCUUCACUCUGGCUGCGGCGCCGAGUUCAAGAUGAGCCAUAUCAACCCCAGGCACCGAUGUCUGGGCUCACUUUUCCCCGUGCUAGUUUCUCCUACUCCCACUGUGAGUGUCGGGGGAGCAGAAGGUGCUGUAGUCCCCUUCUCUGCUUCCCCCCCCCUCCGGAAAAAAAAAGCCGAGCCUCAGUUUCCCCUCCGUUGCUUCCUCGCCAGCCGCCCUGAGCCGGAGCGACACGGAUCCGGCCGCAAGCUUUGUUUCUUCCCGACGAGGACCCUCAUUUUAAUUUAUUCUUCUUCUUUUUCUUCAAACAAACAAACACACACACACACACACACACACACACACACAAAAUGAACCUCUUUAUUUUUAUUUGUUUUUUAAUUUUCCUGGGUGGUGCUAAAAUAAUUUUAUUUUUUUUAUUUUUUAUUUUUUUGGAAACGAAAAGAGGAAAAAAAAAAACCAGAAGACAAUAAAUCGAUCGAUAAAUUCUGAACUUUUUUUAUUUUUUUGGAAAAAAAUAAAUAAGGGGGGGCGAAGAACAAUGACGUUUUGAUCCGAAACGGACGAUGAGGACGAAUACGAUGAACUCCGUUCCUAAGCGGGGAUCAGGAUCUGCGUCCCUCUUAGCGUCGAACUUCCGCGUGCCUUCCCCCCCCCCACCCUCCUCCCCGGGAUGAGCAUCAUGGGCUUCGGAGGAACGAAGAGAUUGCAGCUGAUUCGCACGAACAUUUACGGAUUUGCGGAACAGAGAGGCUGCCCGGCAUAGUUUAUUAUUAUUAUUUUUUUUUUAUUUGUUCGUUUAAUUUACUUUUUUAUUUUUGGGGUGUGUGUGUGGUUGGAAAUUUUGAGAGAGAGAAAAAAAAGUUUGGAAAAACAAAGGAAAAAAAAAACAAACCACAAGCAAGCAAGCAAGCAAAAAAAAAAUUAAUACGGGUUUCUUAACACAGGACUUUUAUGGGUUCAGUUCUCUCUGGGUGAAUUUCUGGUUUUUUGGGGGGUGUCAAUCAAGAGAGUGUACAUUGAUUUAUAUAUAUUGGCUGGGCGGGGGCCAGGGACAAUUUGCGUGUGUGUUUUUUUAAUUAUUCUGAUGGACAUUUGAUUUCUUACAUCCUUUUAUAUAUUAUAUAUAUAUAUAUAUAAAUAUAAGGAGAAAAAAAAUCUGGUUUGUAUUAGAAACUGCU